AAUCCUCUUAAAAUUAUUAACAAUGACUCCGCCCACUUUCCCCACCCAACAGCUCUCCUAUCUGCAGAACUUGAACCUCGUGCUCGGAUAAAAGGUGUGUGUGAGUGUGUGUGUGUGUGUGUGAGAUUGAGUAGACUGCUCUACAGCAUGGCUCAGCAGAUCGGAGACAAACUCCUGUCCUACAGAGGGUACGUCUUUUCUCACUUCAACAAGGACAGUCUCACGCCGCAGCACAUGGACAGUCUGAGGACCUUCCAGAUCAGAGACGAUGAUGUGUACGUCAUUACAUUUCCUAAAUCUGGUACGGUUUGGACUCAGCGCAUCAUCACGCUGCUGUAUGAGGACGAGUUUCCCGAGGAUGUGGAGCAGAGUUCAUACGACCGCAUGCCCUGGCUGGAGUUUCCUCAGAAAAGUGACGACUACACUGCUCGCCCUUCCCCCCGCCUCUUCUGCUCCCACCUCCCCGAGGACCUGGUGCCCCAAGGCCUACAGGGCAAAGGAAAGAUCAUUUACGUGAGCAGGAACCCCAAAGACAUCAUGGUGUCCUACUUCCACUUCACUCAGUACAUGAAGAUUUUAGAGAGCUCAGAGACGUACAAUGAGGCGAUGGAGAAAUUCUUCAGUGGGCGGAUGGUCGGUGGCUGCUGGUUUGAUCACAUCAGAAGCUGGUACACCAACAAGGACAAAUACAACAUCCUGUUCCUGAGCUAUGAGGAGAUGAUCAGGGACCUGAGAGGUGUGGUGGUGAAGAUCUGUGACUUUUUGGGGAAGAAUUUGUCUGAUGAUGUCAUCGACAGCGUGGUGAAGAAAUCCAGCUUCAACUUCAUGAAGAAAGAUCCCAGAGCUAACUACCAGUUUUUACCUGAUGAAAUGGUAGACUCAAAGAAAGGAGCCUUCCUCCGCAAGGGUACAGUAGGAGACUGGAAGAACUCUAUGACAGUGGCGCAGAGUGAACACUUCGACCGUGUUUAUCAGGAAUGGAUGAAAGACCUGCCACUGGACUUUGUGUGGAACAUCACUGACCUACACACAUGACACACACACACACACACACACUUUACUGGUCACUUUGUGGUCAUUAAAAUGACCUGUUCAUGUUUGGAUCAAAAGUGUGAAUGUGUAAUUGUCAAAAUAAUAAUAAAAAUAAUAAUAAUUAUAAUGAUGAUGAUGAUAAUGAUGAUGAUAAUGGUGAUGAUGAUGAUGAUGAU